AAAUGACAGUAAAGGGUUACGGAAAGGGUUUCUCACGCUGGUAGCUGUGUACUAGUACCGGAAUUCACCGAGGUGUCGAGUUCGUGGCUUUGUAAAAGUUGAGCAAAACCUCAGACGAAACAUGUCUGACGAGGAAGAAGCUCCAGUGGCAAAGAAAUCUCGGAUUUUCUAUGGCAGCCUGGAGGACCACGAGAGAGAGCGGCUUAACAAGGCCGAGGGUGGCUCCUCUGCCCGGGAGGGUAUCAAGGCUGGCAUCGACGCUGGCAACAUCAACAUCUCCAGUGGAGAAUCGUUUGAGAUUGAGGAGCACAUCAAUGAACGACAAGCCGAGGUGCUGGCAGAGUUUGAGCGCAGAAGGCGUGCCAGACAGAUCAACGUGUCCACGGAUGACAGCGAGGUGAAGGCCUGCCUGCGUGCGCUGGGAGAGCCGAUUACGCUGUUUGGUGAGGGACCGGCAGAGCGCAGAGAGAGGCUGCGCAACAUCCUUUCUGUGGUGGGGACUGAGGCCUUGAAGAAGUCCAAGAAAGAAGAAGAGAAGUUGAAGAGGCCACCAGAGGAGUGUCAUCAGACCUGGUACCAUGAAGGGCCUACGUCUUUGAAAAUUGCCCGAAUCUGGAUUGCCAAGUAUUCACUUCCCAGAUCUGCAGACAGAUUGAAGGAGGCCCGCGAGCAGAAGGAGAUCCCUGAGGCCUCUCGCACUGCACGUACACAGGAGCUUCACAAGGUGCUCCGGAAUCUGAAUAACAUCUGCAGUCAGAUUGGUGAUGAUCGGCCCAUCUCCUACUGCCAUUUCAGUCCCAACUCAAAAAUGCUGGCCACCGCCUCCUGGAGUGGCCUCUGCAAGCUGUGGACGGUUCCCAACUGCAGCCUGAUUCGCACAUUGAGAGGGCACAACACAAACGUGGGGGCCAUCGCUUUUCACCCUCAAGCUACAAUCUCAAUGGAUGAGAAAGGUGUGAACUUAGUGUCCUGCGCAGCAGAUGGGUCCGUGAAGCUGUGGAGCCUUGAUAGUGAUGAGCCUAUAGCAGAUAUCGAGGGGCACGGCAAACGAGUGUCACGAUUAGCAUGGCAUCCAUCUGGCAGGUUCUUGGGUACUACCUGCUAUGACCACUCAUGGCGCCUCUGGGACUUGGAAAUACAGGAAGAAAUCCUUCACCAGGAGGGACACAGCAAGGGAGUAUAUGAUAUAGCAUUCCACCCUGAUGGCUCACUGGCUGGGACGGGAGGCCUGGAUGCCUAUGGACGGGUGUGGGACCUGCGAACCGGGCGCUGCAUCAUGUUCCUUGAGGGACACCUGAAAGAAAUUUAUGGAGUCAGCUUCUCACCUAAUGGGUUCCAUCUCGCUACAGGAAGUGGUGACAACACCUGUAAAGUAUGGGACCUUCGGCAAAGGAAGUGCAUCUACACCAUCCCUGCACAUGAAAAUCUACUCUCCGCAGUCAAGUUCCAGUCCAUUGAUGGUCACUACUUACUGACUGGUGCGUACGACAACACCGCUAAAGUGUGGACACACCCAGGCUGGUCCCCCCUGAAAACACUCGCUGGCCAUGAGGGAAAGGUGAUGGGAUUGGACAUUUCAUCCGACGGCCAGCUGAUUGCCACGUGUUCCUAUGACCGGACCUUUAAGCUCUGGAUGUCUGACUAGCGCCCCCAGGUGUUUGUAUUUCUUCUGUUGUCUUGGAAGUCGUAGCAGUUCUCUCCCGCUGGGUCGCUUGGCCUUUCGACUUACAGCUUAAAACAGCAGACUUGGUUACUCGGGGCACAGAGCUGGUUAGCGACACACUUGCGUCACCUCACCACAAAAGUUCUAAUGUCUGCCCUUUUUAAAAAAAAAA